AGCCAAAUUUAUCCCCAGCGUAGAGGCUGUAUUUGCAUUGGACAGCACAGAUAACUAGUACGUUAUCUAUAUGAAGGGCUGAUGGAAGACACAAGGGAUUUGGCUGAACGCACUCCACGUUCAGAGCGUAAGCGUCGAGACUCGUUCGGGAUGUUUGAUGGCUAUGACAGCUGCAGCGAGGAAUCUACCAGCAGCUCCAGCUCAGAGGAUAGUGAGGAUGAGGUGGUGCCCUCCAUCCCUGCUAGCCUGCCUAUCAUAAAGAACAAUGGUCAAGUCUACACCUACCCUGAUGGCAAGGCUGGAAUGGCCACCUGUGAAAUGUGUGGGAUGGUCGGAGUCCGAGAUGCUUUUUACUCCAAAACCAAGCGCUUCUGCAGUGUGUCCUGUUCCAGGAGUUAUUCCUCAAAUUCUAAAAAAGCUAGCAUCUUGGCAAGACUCCAGGGCAAACCACCAACAAAAAAGGCAAAAGUCUUACAAAAACAGCCUCUCAUGGCAAAGUUGGCAGCUUAUGCCCAGUACCAAGCAAGUCAGCAGAACCAGGCCAAAUCAAAAGCCGUGGUCCCUACGGAGAGCUUUGACUGGGGGAGGUAUAUCUGUAGCAAUAACACAGUUGGAGCUCCAGUCAGCUGUUUCAAGCACGCCCCUAUGGGGACAUGCUGGGAAGACAUAGAGGAAGGAGUGAGGAUUGAAGUGCUCAACUCAGAUACCAACCUCUCCACUAAGGUGUACUGGAUAGCAGAAAUUAUAAAGCUAGCAGGGUUCAAGGCUCUUCUGCGGUAUGAGGGCUUUGACAACGACAACAGUAAAGACUUCUGGUGUAAUCUCUGCAUCCCCGAGGUGCACCCAGUGGGAUGGUGUGCUUCGAAUGGCAAACCCCUUGUACCUCCAAAAAGCAUACAGCAUAAGUACUCUAACUGGAAAGCUUUUCUUGUGAAGCGUCUCACUGGAGCUAAAACACUGCCACCUGACUUUAAUACCAAGGUACACGAGAACAUGCAGUUCCCCUUUAAGAAGCUAAUGCGGGUAGAGGUAGUGGAUAAGAACUACCUGUGCCGGACACGGGUGGCGUUAGUGGAGCAGGUUAUUGGAGGUCGUCUCAGGCUGGUCUAUGAGGAAAGCCAGGAUGGGUCAGAUGACUUCUGGUGCCACAUGUACAGCCCCCUCAUCCAUAAUAUCGGCUGGUCACGAAGCAUUGGUCACCGCUUCAAACGAUCAGAUAUUACAAAGAAAACUGAAGGUCAGGCUGACGCUCCUGCACAGCUCUUUCAGAAGGUGAAAGAUGUGGACCAGAGUGGGGAUUGGUUUAGAGAUGGGAUGAAGUUGGAAGCCAUUGACCCCCUCAACCUCUCAGCUAUAUGUGUAGCCACUGUAAGAAAGGUUUUGGCAGACGGGUACCUCAUGAUCGGGAUCGACGGUUCGGAGGCAGUGGAUGGAUCAGACUGGUUCUGCUACCAUGGCACCUCCCCCUCCAUCUUUCCAGUCGGCUUUUGUGAAAUCAACAGCAUUGAACUCACACCCCCAAGAGGGUACACUAAACUGCCAUUUAAAUGGUUCGACUACCUCAGAGAAACAGGUUCAAUAGCUGCUCCUGUCAGGCUCUUUAACAAGGAGGUUCCCAAUCAUGGUUUCCGGCAAGGCAUGAAGCUGGAGGCUGUUGAUCUCAUGGAACCGCGGCUGGUGUGUGUUGCCACAGUGACGAGAAUUGUGCACCGGCUACUGAGGAUACACUUUGACGGCUGGGAAGACGAAUAUGAUCAGUGGGUGGACUGCGAGUCACCUGACCUUUACCCCGUGGGCUGGUGUCAGCUGACAGGCUACCAGCUCCAACCCCCUGCCUCUCAAAGUAACAGAGAAUUGCCCCAGUCUGCACCCAAGCAGAAGAAAAAGGCCCAACAGUACAAAGGACAAAAGAAAAAGAGGAAGAUUCCAGUUGGUCGACGGCCCUUCAGUCAGGCAGGCAGGAGGAGGAGCAGCUUCUCUGGGGACGAAGAGCAGAGUCCACCCCCUUACCCUGUCCAGGGGCCCGCUCGGCCCCGGCCCCGAACCCACCUCCACCAAACCCACAAAUCAGAGUCUCUCCUGCGAAUGAAGGAGGAGACAGCUGAGGUGGACGAAUUUACCUUCUCACAAGGCACCUCAGACCAAGAGAGCAACGGCUCAGGCAGCUACUACAUCAAACAGGAGCCCUGAGGUCACAAGACCAGGACAGAGGAGAAGGAUCGGGACAGGAUACACCUCUGGAAGACCCCAGCAAGGAUCAGCAAUGUGGGAAGUCAAACUAGCUUCGACUUACACUCACAGACCAAUGCCUCAGGCUGCCUGUGGAGUCAGUACAGGAGAUGGUGAUAAUGAA